AUGUCUACGACGCAUUUCAUCCCGGCAACGACGUCAUCUGCCACUUUCUUCCGAGCACUGGCAAUCGCCGCCACGGCACGAUCAUGUCCUCAUGCCUUUAGAGCCUUCUCCUCUACCACGGCCACUCGUCAAUCUUCCAAGCGAGAGCUAUACACUGUGCCUUCCUACCAGCCUCACAGUCUCCCGACCGAUUUUCCACUACCGCCCCGAAACGCCAACGUCCCAGACACCUCUAUAGCUAGCCCUAAACCCCGACUCGAAGAUAUAAGAACCCCUCAAGAGAAUGGAAAUCGGAAUAUGGACCUCACUGAAGCUGCAAGUAUCCGUAUGCCCGAAGGGGAGGCGCAAAAUUCAAAGCCGGUAGCACCACCAAAGCCACAAGGAACCGAGUCUGCCAAACCUCGGCGGAGCAAAUUAAGGCCCCGGAAAGCCGCUAUCACAAUAACACCCGACGCAUUAAUCCAUCUGCGCGAGCUUCUCGACCAACCGCAUCCCCAGACGAUCCGAGUGGGUGUUAAGAACCGGGGCUGCUCCGGGCUAGCAUAUCACUUGGAGUAUGUGGACAAGCCUGCGGCUUUUGACGAGGUGGUCGAGCAAGAAGGCGUCAAAGUCCUGAUUGACAGCAAGGCCCUUUUCAGCAUCAUUGGCAGUGAAAUGGAUUGGAAGGAAGACAAGCUCAGCGCCAGAUUUGUUUUCAAGAACCCGAACAUUACAGAGCAAUGCGGUUGUGGCGAGUCCUUCAGCGUUUCAUAG